AUGGCGCCGCCUGGGAAUGCCGAUAUGGCUGCGGAGGGUUCUCCUCCCACGGUGAGCCCUCGUGGCCGAGUCGGGAUCCCGGGAUGCGUUGGGAAGGGCAGCGAGCAGGUCCAUUUUCCAGACACAGAGAGGGCAGAAUGGCUCAACAAGACUGUAAAGCAGAUGUGGCCUUUCAUUUGCCAAUUCAUCGAGAAACUCUUCCGAGAGACCAUCGAACCAGCGGUGAGAGGAGCAAACAACCACCUCAGUACCUUCAGCUUCACCAAGAUUGAUAUUGGGCAUCAGCCUCUGCGGAUAAAUGGUGUAAAAGUCUACACUGAAAAUGUGGACAAAAGGCAGAUCAUUUUGGAUCUUCAAAUCAGUUAUGUUGGCCUGAGGGGAGAAGAAUUGCUUCAUUACACGAAUGUAGUUGGUUCUAAUUGUAUCCAUGGCACCAUGAGGGUUAUCCUGGAACCACUAAUUGGAGACAUGCCCCUAAUUGGAGCACUAUCCCUUUUUUUCCUUAGGAAACCUCUUUUGGAAAUUAACUGGACUGGACUGACCAAUCUUCUGGAUGUUCCUGGCCUGAAUGGCUUAUCAGAUACAAUAAUAUUGGAUAUAAUAUCCAACUACUUGGUCCUUCCAAAUAGAAUCACAGUCCCCCUUGUCAGUGAAGUGCAGAUUGCUCAACUGCGGUUUCCUAUACCAAAGGGUGUUCUAAGGAUACACUUUAUUGAAGCUCAGGAUCUGGAGGGGAAAGAUACUUACCUAAAAGGGAUUGUCAAAGGAAAGUCAGAUCCUUAUGGAAUCAUCCGUGUGGGCAACCAGAUUUUCCAAAGCAAGGUCAUCAAAGAAAACCUCAAUCCAAAAUGGAAUGAAGUUUAUGAGGCUUUAGUCUAUGAACAUCCAGGACAGGAACUAGAGAUUGAGCUCUUUGAUGAAGACCCAGACAAAGAUGACUUCCUGGGAAGUUUGAUGAUAGAUUUAAUUGAAGUUGAAAAGGAACGUCUUCUAGAUGAGUGGUUUACUUUGGAUGAAGUGUCCAAAGGCAAGUUGCAUUUAAAACUGGAAUGGCUCACAUUGAUGCCAACUGCUGACAAUCUAGACAAGGUGCUAACAAGCAUUAGAGCUGACAAAGACCAAGCCAAUGAUGGGCUUUCAUCUGCAUUGCUUAUCCUCUACUUGGACUCGGCAAGAAAUCUGCCCAGUAUCUACGAGGGAAACUUUGGGUGUGGAUACUUAAAAGAGAGGAGAGCAUCGGGACUAGUCUUUUGUGAAAACACUACCUCACUCUAUAGAGCACUAUUUAAUAAUCCAUUAGAUUUUAAUCCUGAUGGCUUGAAGAAGGCUGCUGUUCAGAAAGCCCUAAAGUCAGGAAAGAAAAUAAACAGCAAUCCCAACCCACUUGUUUUGCUGUCAGUUGGGCACAAGGCACAGGAAAGUAAGGUAAGUUCCUACUCUUUAUACCUGGCUCUGUCUUCAAAUAUUCGGUGGCUCUGUGGGUUUGGCGUGAGGGAUGAACAGCACCAGUGUUCUUUGGGGAACUUCAAGCUGCCUCUAAGCCAGUUGCUAGAGAGUGAAGACUUAACUAUGCAUCAGCGGUUCCAGUUGAGCAACUCUGGUCCAAACAGCACUAUAAACAUGAAGAUUGCACUCAGGGUCCUUUCUCUUGAAAAGCAAGCGAGAUCUCCAGAUCAUCAACACUCAGCCCAAGUAAAAAGGCCAUCUGUUUCCAAAGAUGCAAGAAAAUCAUCUUUCAAGCCUCAGGUUCCCGUCUCGCCUACACCCGACUCAAACAAGCCUCUUCCAGCUUCCCCAGUGACUGACAGUGAUAAAAAAACUGAUGCAGCUGAAAAAAGUCAGGCUGCCAAUGCCAGCCCGCAGUGGCCGACGGAUCUGAGCCGCAGCUCCUCCAGCCUGCACGCCUCCAACUUCUCCUAUUCCCCCAGCCACCUGUCGGUCAAGGAGCCCACUCCCAGCAUCGCCUCCGACAUCUCCCUGCCCAUCGCCACGCAGGAGCUGCGCCAGAGGCUCCGGCAGCUGGAGAAUGGAACAACCCUGGGGCAGUCUCCACUAGGACAGAUUCAGCUAACAAUUCGUCACAGUUCACAAAGAAACAAAUUGAUUGUGGUGGUGCAUUCCUGCAGAAAUCUAAUCGCGUUUUCAGAAGAAGGAUCUGACCCGUACGUGCGAGUGUAUUUACUGCCCGAUAAGAGACGCUCAGGAAGAAGAAAAACACAUGUAUCAAAGAAGACAUUAAACCCAGUGUUUGAUCAAAUGUUUGAUUUCAGUGUUUCCCUGCCUGAAGUACAGAGAAGAACACUAGAUGUAGCAGUGAAGAACAGUGGUGGAUUCUUGUCCAAAGAUAAAGGGCUGCUUGGCAAAGUAAGUUGACAAUAAGCAAAUUCUGUUAAUACAGCAUGUUAUUAAAUAAAGCUAAAAUCCUCUUGAGAUAUGAGCUUGUUAGUGUUGAUUGAAGCACCUGAGUCAGGUAUGAGGCUUUCAAAAAAUAUGUCAAGCUUUAGUAAGGGAAGGAACAGACUGCAGAGCAGACAAAAAAUGAGGCAGUA